AUGGCGUACUCAGGCGGUCACGGGUCAUGGGUACGGGUCACGGUAGAGACCUGUGACCAACUCUCAGUUAAACUCGCACGAGCCGCCACUGCAUUCCUCUGUUUUUAUAUGACUCAAUCUCCCUCACAUCCCUCAUCGCACAAUUCCGACUCUUCCAAUACAAACCAGGACACCCCAAACACUGGCAUGUAUAUGGGCUAUACCCCCGCACCCCCUGCUGCCUGCACGGUGUCCCUCCCCCAUACGCGCCCAUCGCACCUUCGUCUGGUGUGGAUGCUGGAGUUGUGUAUCACGCACCCCAAGCGGGACAACAUGGCCAUUGCCCUCCUGCAGUGGCCCACAGCCGGGCUGGUAACAGGCUCUGCUUCUCCAUCUCUCCCUCAAGCACCAAGUUUGUCGGUUGGCGAGAAGCGCGUCGUGGAAGACCUCCAAGACCGUAACGUCAAGCGAAUUAAAAUGGGCUCCGGCAAGAUAGAGGACGACCUGCUCUUUCCCUUGGGACAGGAACCUAUGUUAGAUCAAUAUGGUCGACACAAUGGGAGAUAUGUGUGUUAUAAGGACUCUGUCAAGCUCGUCCGUCCUGGCUGUCAUAAACGCCAUCUCAAGACAGAAAAACAUCUUGGUUACAAGUUGAAUGGAAUUCACAUGCCCUGGUUGUCUGGAAACAUAUGUAUCCCUACUCUCAAAUAA